CUGCAUUGUUAUGUACAUGUUUGAUAUAGUUACCAUUUUGAUUCUAGUCGUAGUAAGCAGAUAAUAAGGAGUUAUAUCCAGCUUCAGGUCCAGCACACACCAAAAUAAUAACGCGGUUCUGUUUUUUUGGCGCUAAUUUUCGUAGAGCGCGACGGCGCGAAUACGCGUUCUCUUUCUUUCUUUCAUUCUUUCUUUCGGCAAACUAAACCAUUCAUAGCGUCAAUGUCUCUCGUCAACAUUUUGAAUAUUGCUGUAUUGGAUAACCCAUCGUCCAUCACCAGCCCUCUUCAAUUUGAAAUCACUUUUGAAUGCAAUGCUGAACUUCAAGAUGAUUUGGAAUGGCGCAUGAUCUAUGUGGGCUCGGCUGAAAGUCAAGAAUAUGAUCAAGUCCUUGAUUCCAUUAUGGUAGGACCCGUUCCUGUGGGCGUCAACAAGUUUGUCUUUUCGGCGGGUCCACCCAACCUCGAUCUUUUACCCCAAAAGGAUCUUCUCGAGGUUACUGUCGUACUAUUGAGCUGCUUGUAUCACGACAAGGAAUUUGUGCGUGUCGGAUAUUACGUGAACAAUGAAUAUGUGGAUGAAGCGUUGCGCGAGAACCCUCCAGACCAAGUGCAGGUUGACAAGUUACAACGCAACAUUUUGGCAGACAAGCCUAAAGUCACCAGAUACACGAUCAAUUGGUCGAACCCACAACAAAGUGACCCAGUAGCAGACGGUGCAGCAUCCGGUCAAGCGGAUCAGGACAUGUUGGUCAAUUAGAAGAAGGAUUUGGAGUGAGUAGGUUGAUAAUGAACGACGACAGGGGACGAUACCCAGGAAAACACCGGUGUUAUUUUGCAAAAGCACACAAGAAUUUGUUUAAAAAAAAACCUAGUGGAUAAGAAGAAAAAGGUGUUGGCAAUUACAGCAAAAUACUACAG